GCGUCUUAGAUGACCAGCUUGUGUUGAAGCUAUUCAUCUUGGCUGUGUUAUCAGGUGUUUGCCUGAGGAAUCAACCUAUUUCGGGCUCGCUCUUGUCAUCCAUUCAGCUUCACUUCACCCUCCUCCUUUUCUCAAUAUCCUCUCUUCCAUCGUCUUUUGCCCUCUCUUUUGUUUCGCUUGAAUUGCUGUCAAUUGCUAAAUCCAACAAAAGUCGUUCAUUUGCGUCCGUCUUCCCAUAGCCAUGUCGGGCGAUAACUUCACGGCGGCCAUGGCCAACCGGUCGCGCCGUACUGUCGAGACUGAACUCAAGUUUCUAGCGGAGCUGUCGGAAAUCACACCUCAGCAAUUGUCGUCGAUUCUGGGCCUGCUCGCCGGGGAACAGUCGCGGCAGCUAUCGCAACCGCAACCACCCCAGCCGGCUCCGGUUCCACUACCAGUGCAGCAGACCGCUCCUCCUCCGCCGCCGGUUCAGCAGCCUAUUGUGCCCCCUCCAGCACCGUAUUCGCCUCCGACAAACCAGUUUUCCAAUGCUUCAUUGAACGAAAAGGCACCAGUGCAGCAACAUCCCCCUCCGCCUGGCCCGCCGCCUGCGUAUGGCGCUCCGGGGGUCCUGUGCACCGCUACAGCCUUGUAUGCCUUUGAAGUGAAAGACCACGGCGACUUGGAAUUACAACCAUAUGACAAAAUUCAAGUCCUCAAAUACGAAAAUGAUCAAUGGUGGUAUGGGCGUAACGAGCGAACCAAUUCGGAGGGUAUCUUCCCUCGCGCCUGGGUGAACGUGGUUCAAGAGAAGGGUGCUCCCCCUCCUACCAACUAUGGAAACAUGCCCCUGGAAGUGAGCCAGAGCGGUUCCGCACCCCCCGGCCCCGAGGGCGAGGGUAAGGGCAACAAGUUCGAGCAGGGUGGCAAGAAGUUUGGUAAAAAGAUGGGCAAUGCCGCGAUCUUCGGUGCUGGCGCUACGAUGGGAUCCAACAUCGUGAACAGCAUAUUCUAAGUCCGGAAACACAAAGUCCGAUGUAACCAGGUACAUUUUAUACAAGGCACCCACACUAUGGACAGAACCUGUUUUGUUUCUUGCUGUUUUGCUCGCUGGGUUGGUGUUAGUGGCUGGUCUUUGUCUUUUUUCUUUCUCUCUUAUUAUUAGGGAGACUGGAGUCUAUCGCGAGGACUCAUGGCUUAUAUACUAGGACAGGAAUUCUGAGGUCGUAUUAGGAAAACAAAACAGGGAAACAAAUAAUAAUAAGGCGUCACACAAGGCGUUAACGUACACAUUUAAUUUUUACUUCUCCAGUCGUCUUGAGGCUGUGUUACCUAUUUUGGUU